AUGCUACACUUUGAUGAUAGCAGAAUAAGACUCUGCAUUCUUAAUCGUCGGCCAACACUUCGUUUACCUGAUGGCUUGCGUUCGGUCCCGUGCAGACCUCAAUUUAUCACUAGAGAAAUUGAUCUUGGGUCAAUGAGCAGAAACUCUGUUGUGGCAGGAGCUUUGGUGGCAGGAGCUUUGGUGGCAAGAAUUGCUCCAGCGCAUAUCUACGAUCAUUCCCGAUACAACAAACAAAAGAACCGAAUUCGUUCUGUCGCCAGAGCAAUGCGUCGACGUAUUAGCCAACCUUAG